AUGGAUCAAAUACAACAAUUCACCGACCCAUGCAAACAAUUCAUGAAAGAUUCAUUUCGCUUGGUUAAAAAAUGUACGAAACCUGAUCGUAAAGAAUUUCAAAAGAUUGCAAUGGCAACAGCUAUCGGUUUUGCUAUUAUGGGAUUCAUUGGAUUUUUUGUUAAACUUAUUCAUAUUCCCAUCAACAAUAUCAUUGUUGGCUCAUAA